CAAACCUUGGUGACCUUGUGAUUUGCGCCAAAUUUUGGUUUUCAUCUCAGGAUGACAGGUUCUGACGAACAAAUGCAGGAGGCUGCCGAAAUGGAUCGUCAGCACUUUCUUAAAACAUUAGCAGCCUUCAAAUUUUUCGGAGCCCACCUCCUCAAAAGGGUAGAGCGUUCAAGAGCUUAUCACAAGUCAUUGUCUUCUUCUCAUCAUAAACUUAUACAAGAAUUCGAUGAAAAUCUCAAGAAAGUCGAAGAGUGUAUUAAGCAUAAUAACUAUUUGAUUUCUGUUAUUAUUCAACAUUCUGCACCGGAUAUUUUCAAUGGGGAACAUGCCUUGGAAGUGAAUGCAGCGGGUUCACCACUUACUCGUGCAAAUGGAAAGUUAGAUCAGAAAGCUUGUCCUGGGAAUAAAUUCGGUCCAUUCGCAUUUACAAACACUGACAUGGAUAAAGUCAGGUCAGCUUUGAAACAAUUUGUGAGAGACUGGUCAGCUGAAGGAAAAUCAGAACGUGAUGCCUGCUACCAAAUCGUUUUGGAUGAUGUUCUUGAGCUGUUUGAUCCGAAAAAGGUAAAUCCAGCAGAUGUGAAUAUCCUAGUACCUGGUGCUGGUCUUGGUCGAUUGGCUUGGGAACUCGCUCAUCUUGGAUACACAUGUCAGGGAAAUGAGUGGAGUCUAUUUAUGCUAAUUCCAGCAUAUUUUAUCCUAAACACAUGUAAAAAAGUCAAUGAAUAUAAAUUAUAUCCAUGGGUUUCUCAAUUCUGUAAUAAUAUGACUCGUGAAGAUCAACUGUCUGCCGUCCACUUCCCUGAUGUUUGUCCAGCUGAUUUACCACCCAAUGUACAAUUUUCUAUGGCAGCAGGUGAUUUCAUUGAGAUUUACACUGAACCAGAUGCAUGGGAUUGUAUAGCUACUGUCUUCUUCAUUGAUACAGCGCAUAAUAUUCUUGACUAUUUGAAUACAAUCUGGCGGAUACUUAAACCUGGUGGUUAUUGGAUCAAUUUCGGUCCAUUAUUAUACCAUUUCUCUGAUAUCCCCGGUGAAGAAUCGUUAGAAUUAAGUUAUGCUGAACUUCGACUGGCUAUUGAACGAUUAGGCUUUGAAGUUAUCCGAGAAAAAACCGGUAUCCAAUGUAGUUAUACUCAGAAUCCAGCUUCAAUGCUUUCCUACAAUUAUAGUUGUGUUUAUGGUAUCUUUCGAAAGCCAUCAACAGCAACACCACCAUCACCACCACCAACAACAACAACGACUUCAACACCAAAAACUCAACCCUCUUCAUGAUACUGACGCCGAUGAUGAUGAUGAUGGUAUAUAAUGAUCUACAUCAGUUGCGCGCCCCCCCCCGCCGCCGACUUAGAUUAGAAUCUUUAAUACAACAUGUUUGUGCGUUUGUCUGUCUGUAUGUGUGUGUGAGUGUGCGUGCGUGCGGCGUGUACAUAAUACCCUUGUUUUUGCUAAUUCUUAUAAGAAGUGACAGAGAAACUGGGGGUGAUAAGAAUAACCAAGCUUUUUUUUCCAUUUUGAAGCUAAUAACAAUAAUAAAAAACAGGAGGGAGAAAUGCAGGGUGAGAAAGCAUGUCAACUCGGUGUAACACAGAUUUGUAUUAUCUUUUUAUUAUUAUUAUUAUUAUUAUU